AUGGCCAGCAUCUUCCGCCAGGCCGUAUCGGGCGUCUACACCGUCCUCGCCGUCUCCAUCCUCGGCGCCUGGAGCCUCAUCGUGCUGGUGGGCGUCGGCCUCACGGCCGUCGACGCGAACGCGAGCCUCCUCCAGCUCAUCGCCCUGCCGUCCCUGCUGACGUUCCUCGUCGCGAAGCUCGUCGUCGCCGCGUCGCCGCCGCCGCCCAACGCCGGCGUCGUCACCACUAGACAGACCCCCGGACCCGGAGCCCGACCGCCGGUCAGCAGCGGCAGCGGCAGCGGCAGCGGAAACCUCGCAACCUGGCUCGCGACGGCGGACCACGGCUCCCCGCACGGCGCGCUUGUCCUCCUCCUCUUCUCCGUGUCGUGGCUCCUGCACCUCGCGCGCAUCUUCUUCGCGCUCUUCCUCGUCGUGCUCAUGGGCGGCUUCAUGGCCUUCGCCGCCACGCUCGACGACGCGGGUAAGGGUGGCAACAGUGGUAGCGGCGACGGUGAGACGACAGGCGGACGUGGGGGGGCGCUCUUCGACAACGCCGAUGACGCCGACACCGGGGGCGCGCGCCAGAACAUGACGACGGCGCUGGCGCAGUUCGAGGAACGGGCGGGCAUGGUGGGGAUCGGGGACUACCUCAAAGGGAACCCGUGGAUCGUCUUCCAGAUCUUUGCGGCGCUCUGGGCGGCGUGCGGGCUGCUGACGGCGUACGUCACGGCGCACGCGUUCGGGGCGGCCCGCACGGUGCUGACGACGCCGCUGGACGCGUGGGUGAGG